AUGCAUACAACCCUCAAACUGAGGCGGCAGAGCCCUCCGGUCACCAUCUUCUACGACUUGCGCAAAUGGUGUUACUUGGCUGCUCUACUGAGUACAGACCAUCACAAGAUCAGACUUCUUCAAGGUCUGGAGGACUUUGACAGCAAAGUUGACGAUCUAAAUCAAAUCACCCUUGUACAAUACAACCCUAGGAAACGUGGGAUUCUUUGGCACCUUCUGUACCAUCUAAUAUACACUGUAGGCACCAACGUGGUGUCUUUCACUUUCUUUUACCCUACAAACAAACCAUUCUUAGGACUAGUGUUCGAUCUCUUGGUGAAAACCUUUGCAGGGGAAAUGGGGUUUGUUAACACCAUAGUGAAUGUAGUGUUCUGCAGUGAAAUAUGCUAUCGCUACCGUCUCAUCACCACUUCUUGGGUCUACCACAAGGAGAGGUUGAAGGACACUCCUGUCGCCCGUGUGGUGGUCCAGGAACGCUGUCGUCUGCUACACGCCCAGCUGACUGACCUAGCUGAUCUCCUCAGCCUCUGCUACGGCCGCUUCUACGUUGUCAACCUCUUCUUUGUGUUUCUCGAGUCCAUGAUGUUUCUCUACCGCAUCAUCCUGGUUCAGUCUCAGAUCGCAGGGAAUGUUCAGUCCGUGCUGUACCUUGUAGUCAAUGUUGCCUCCGUACCCGUCCUGGCGUGUUCCACUAGUAGCAUUAUAAUUGCAGUGAGUGGUAACACUGUAACUAGUUGUAAUGGAUCAAGCCACUAA